ACUACGAGGUCGUAAAUCCGCCAUGUUUUCCCUGUUAAAGCGUUGCGACAGAGACGGAGGAACGACAUGACUGAAGAAAAUAAUAAUACGGCAGCAACAGUUACCGACCAAACGGAGCCUAGCAACAUCAUCACCAUACAAGCCACGCUCGGAGAUGAAGAUGAGGAUAUUCAUAAAUGUGGGAGAUGUCUGGAGGAGUUUUCCGCUCUUGAUGUUUUUAUACAACACAAACUCAGCAGAAGCUGUAGGCGUCCUGAGAAAGACCGACAGGCAAAUGUUGAACCUGAUGGAGGUGCUACCUCUGAGGUGAAGACAAGUGAAAAUGGGUGCUCGUCUGAUGAAGCAUUGAACAACACAGUUGGAGGGGAUAAAAGUGGAAGAAAAAAAGGUCGAUCGGCAAGAAAGGAAAAUAGCUCCAGUCCUGCUAAAUUGAAGUUGAAUCCAGAAGGACGAUACAUGUGUUCCAUAUGUGAUAAAACAUUUAAAACGACAAAUAUUUUGAGAACUCACAUGUUUACACAUAAUGAUAAUAAGGAUUUCUUCUGUGAAGAAUGUGGGACUUCGUUUAGGACCAAGGGCUCGUUGAUCCGACACAAACGCAGACACACAGAUGAGCGUCCAUAUCGGUGCAGUCAGUGCGGGUUGGCGUUCCGAGAGUCCGGAGCCCUGACGAGACAUCUGAAGUCGUUGGUGCCUUGCACUGAAAAGAUUCGAUACAGUCAGUGUAAAGAGAUACUUGUGGGCAAAGACGGAGUCAGGAAAGUUGACCCAUCACCUCCUGACCCCGAGAAAGAGGAGAUUCCUGUAGUGAGUGUGGUCGAAGCUGGUCAUGAGAUCAUUCAAAUUCAAGUUGUGGAUGAGACCGGACAAGUUCAACAGUUCUUCUGUCCUGAGCAGGUUUUGUCCCAGCCUCAGACUGCAACGGUGGUUGAAGCCGACAAUCUAAUCUGCCAGGCCAUUAUUAACUCUGGCAUCGCGCUGGAGACCCAGGCCACGGAGGCAGCCGAGGAGGCAGAGGCACGGUCACCUAAAACGAUCCUGCAGGGUCCUGAGGGUGAAACCAGGCUUACUGAGAUCCAGGUGACGGAAGAGUGUGUGGAGACCGAGGAGGAGCAGGAUGCUUCUUUGAAGGAAGGACAGGAUUCUCAAUCUAAACUGUACAAAUGUCCCCAAUGUGAGCGUAUGUUCAAGACGUUGUCUUACCUAAAGGUUCACGUCAGAGGGCACAUCGGAUACAAGCCGUUCAAGUGCAUAAUAUGUCAGAAGGAUUUCCUGACGGGCUACUUGUUAAAGAAACACAUGGAGACGCACGUGAACGAGAGGCGCUAUAAGUGCGGAGAGUGCGGAAAACUGUUCAAAGCCAUCGGACACGUGCGAGAACACAUGAGAGCUCAUUCUGAAGAGAGGCCGUACCCCUGUAGCUUCUGUAAUAAGAGGUACAAGACCAAGAACGCUCUGCAGGUGCACCAUCGUACCCACGCGGAUGAAAAGCCUUACGAGUGCCAGCACUGUCUCCGUGGCUUUCGGGAAAAAAGUGCCUUGGUUCGUCAUAUACGGCAUCAUACGGGAGAAAAACCCUUUAAGUGUUUGAACUGUGGGCGUGGCUUCGCAGAACAUGGCACUCUGAACCGACACAUGCGAGCUAAAGGAGGUUGUUUCGCUAUGGGGCAGAAGGACUCUGAACAAAAAGGAAGCUCUGAGGAGCAGGAGGUGACGACUGAGGAUGUCGGCUCAUCAGAUGACCCUCACGGUGUCCUGGUGGAGUUCUCCUCAGUAGUGGCCGACACUCAGGAAUACAUCAUCGGGUCAUCAGCUGAGGAAGGAGGUCAUGGGGAGGGCGUAACAAUAAUUCAAGACAAUCAGCAGCAGUUGGACAGCAACAUCAUGAAGGUGGUGCAACAGAUCGUCAGCCAAUCACACGGAAGCCACCAGAUCAUCGUUCAAAACUUGACCGCCGACGAGACCCCCGGCAUGUCAGACUGCGGAGACACGAUCACCAUCGCCACGCCCGAGAGUUUGACCGAACAGAUGGCGAUGACGCUCGCGAACGCCAUUAGCGACGGCACCAUUCUCGGCUCCUCCAGUGAGGGCGACGCUGAGACCCAUACCACAGUUACCAUGGUAGCGGCUGAGAACAUUGAGACAAUGGAGCAGGAGGAGCAAUACGUUAUUGCUGCGCCUGAUGAAAUGGAAAUUCAGACUGUGGUGGUGGUCUAAGAAGAACAUGCUGUGAAAUAAUGUAAUAGUUUUUAUUUGUCCUUACGUAAACAGCCACGGUGUAGCAUUUCAGUUCUCUGGAAGACCUUAUUUUACUCAAAACGAGCAAAUGUACUACCGCUUGGUGCUUGCAGACAACUUCAGUAUUAAUAGCAUUUUCAUGGCUGCAGGUUUUACUGUACUAGCUCAUGUUAUUUUAUUAGCCAAUGAAACAUGAUUUAUGUUUUUGUUCUUUUAUUUUUUAAUUGCUGAGCAAACUGUCAUGGUAAUUGAGGCAUAAUUUUUGCCUUGCGUGUGACCUAUGUUUAUCAUCAAUAGUAAUCAUGAGUAUGUAACAGUAUAUAUUGUGGUCAAUUACAAGGCCAAUAGGAAACCUUGCAGGGAAUGAAAAGUGGAAAAUGAUAAUAAAUAUAUUUUUAUGUA